AUGGCGAUGAAAGAAAAGGCCAACGGCGGAGGCGACGGCAAGGUGGUUAACGGCGUCAGGGAGGUCCACUACCGUGGCGUGAGGAAGCGGCCCUGGGGCCGCUACGCCGCCGAAAUCCGCGACCCCGGCAAGAAGAGCCGCGUCUGGCUCGGCACCUUCGACACCGCCGAGGAGGCGGCGCGUGCGUACGACGCAGCCGCCCGCGAGUUCCGCGGCCCCAAGGCCAAGACCAACUUCCCCCAUCCCUCAGAGGCCUCUGCCGCCGCCGUCGCCGCCGCCCACAGCCCCAGCCAGAGCAGCACCGUCGAGUCCUCCAGCGGCGGCGGAGGAGGUGGGCCCGUCGAGCUUGACCUCACUCGCCGCCUCGGCGCCGUCGCCCCGGAGGCUGGGGUGACCGUGGCGGAGCCCGCCGGCGGAGGAUAUCAGUUCUUCCUCCGGCCGGCGGCGGUGGCGGUCCUGCCUAACGGGCAGCCGGUUUUCCCAUUCGGCGCGAUGGUGCACCCCGGCAUGGCGGUGGCGUACCGGAUGAACCCGGCCGCCGUCGGGUUCCCACGCGGCGGCGCGUGGCGGAGCGAAUCGGACACGUCGUCGGUGGUGGAUGAGAACCAGGUGGACGGAUCUGAUGGCAAGAGAGGGCUGGAUCUCGAUCUGAACAUGCCGCCGCCGGUCGAAGCUUGA